GAAGUACAGUGCAUCGCUAUAAUUCAUUAAUACAUCAUAAAUCGUGAAGCACAGGGUUAUAACGACCACGAUCCACAAAUCAAGCCCUCCAAAAUCACCCAAAUGAGCUCGUACUUUGUAAACUCCUUCUCGGGGCGUUAUCCAAAUGGCCCGGACUAUCAGUUGCUAAAUUAUGGCAGUGGCAGCUCUCUGAGCGGCUCUUACAGGGAUCCCGCUGCCAUGCACACCGGCUCUUACGGCUACAAUUACAAUGGGAUGGACCUCAGCGUCAACCGCUCCUCGGCCUCCUCCAGCCACUUUGGAGCGGUGGGCGAGAGCUCGCGCGCCUUCCCCGCUCCCGCCCAGGAGCCCCGCUUCAGGCAAGCGGCGUCGAGCUGCUCUCUGUCCUCGCCCGAAUCCCUGCCUUGCACCAACGGCGACAGCCACGGCGCCAAGCCCUCUGCUUCGUCCCCCUCCGACCAGGCGACCCCGGCCAGCUCCAGCGCCAAUUUCACCGAAAUAGACGAGGCCAGCGCGUCCUCGGAGCCUGAGGAAGCUGCGAGCCAGCUAAGCAGCCCGAGCCUAGCUCGGGCGCAGCCAGAGCCCAUGGCCACCUCCACAGCCGCGCCCGAGGGGCAGACUCCGCAGAUAUUCCCCUGGAUGAGGAAGCUUCACAUCAGCCAUGAUAUGACCGGGCCGGACGGGAAAAGGGCCCGGACCGCGUACACCCGCUACCAGACCCUGGAGCUGGAGAAGGAGUUCCACUUCAACCGCUACCUGACGCGGCGGCGGCGCAUCGAGAUCGCCCACGCGCUCUGCCUGUCCGAGCGCCAGAUUAAGAUUUGGUUCCAGAACCGGCGCAUGAAGUGGAAGAAAGACAACAAACUGAAAAGUAUGAGCCUGGCUACAGCGGGCAGCGCCUUCCAGCCCUGAGCCCGCCGGGAGGAGCCCUAGGCAGCCCAAGAGCCCGUGCCGCCCCCAGCCCUGGCCCCUCUAAGCCUCCCGGCGCUGCCGCUGCCCGCUGGGGACCACUUCCCAGGAGCCUGCCUCGCCCCAGCUUUGUGUUACGAUUUUUCGUUUGGUCUUAGAUCUUCCUGUGGCUCCCUCCCUCCUGGACUGGUUAAUCUUGUUAUUAUUGUUAAUAAUAAUAUUAUUAUUUUUCUUCCAUGCUCCCCACUCCCCUCAACUCCCCCCAAAUCCGCCAGUGUUUCUGAAUGUUCGUGUCUGUGGUUCCACUCCUUCCCCGAGGAAGAAAAGAAACUCGCAUGUUUAAUGUGAACUUCCCUCCCCAUCUGUGUUCUAACUUAUUUAUAAAAGGAUGAUCGCUGUAUUUUGAGUUUCAGCUUGAAACUUCUCCAAGGGGCAGCAGUUGAGGUGGGGUAGUACCGCAGUGCUGGGCCCAGCUGGGCUGGCCUUGGAGAUGGAGUCCAUGACUGUGUCUCUUUCCACCCUUUUCUCUUCCCUCCCCACUCCCCAGGCCCGAGUCUCCCAGUGGCUUGGUCCUGGGGUGGGAAAGGGCCAGAGAGGACCAAAGGGGUGAAGUGGAGAAGAGGGAAGGUAAAUAGUGAGAUUUAAGUUCCUGCCGCCUGGGUAGGCCCCACAAGGCCUAGUCUUGUUUUGUUUCCUAGUGUAUGGAAACAAAAGUAAUCCUCAGUGUAAAAUGUGUUGUGUAUUUCUCUGUGAAUCCAGGGGUCUGGCGCAGAGGGCCCAAAGCUUGUAAAUAUGGGGAUAGUCUGGGUCAGACCCAUCCCCUCCUCCUCCCCAUUUCACUCCCAGGACCAUUUGUAGUGAGCGGGUGGACGCUGUGCUACGUGUGACUCUGUCUUUCCCUUUGCCGGGCCUGUCUCAGUGAUUCGCUUUUGGUAUUUGUUUGGUAUUUGUUUCCUUGAAGUCAAAUAAAUGUCUCCCCUACUCCA